GAAAUCUCUGUCUCUUCCCUGGAACAAGGAUAUUCGGAACGUUCAGUACAUUUAACAAAUCACCUAAAAUUUAUUGGGUUAAGAUAUUAUGGUUUAAAUUACUCUGGUAAUAUCCAACAGGAGACAACCUCAUUUUAAAUAAAGGAAAACUAAACACUUAAAGCCAGUAUUUCAACGGGUAUCUAUGCUGCUGGUAUCAGUUUUGCACUAUUACACCUGGAGCUAUGUGAAAUUACACUCCUCAGGUUCCAGGCAUUAGAGCUUAUUUUGUUCUUACAGUUUGUAUUUAUUACUUUGAAUGGGUACUGCACACACUCACAGAGAGGGAAUAUGUCAUUAAUUCUGACACCUAACUAUUACUGUUUACUGGAAAUACCUCUAAACUGCAACAAAGUUUUUGUACAGGUGCUGAACAGGAUCCUUAUACAUCCCUUCCGGAUGUUGGAGCAGAUCAAACCAAGAAAUCUGAUCGAUGACUGAGAGAGAUUUCAGGGUGUACUAAGCGAUGUGCUUAAAUUAACAAUGCCAAAUGAACGAGAAGUCCAUCUGUGUACAUUUUGUUUCAUGUGUCGUUUCUCCAGACAUUUGUGUUUAGCUGUAUGGCUAAUGGCAGUCAGGAAAAAAAAGUAAAAACUUCAAGCAAUCCUACGCUAAUUCUGCUCCAAGCAUUUUUUUUUGAAUUGAUAUGAAAUGUAUAUCAAAGGCUGUAGGAUGAACCACUAUGAGCUGAGAAUUUCUUGUUUGGCUGUUUUUUAUAAAGAGUAUCCCACUAAGAUAUUGCUAGAUGCACAUUUGAAAGACUUUAAUAUUCGUUCUUAGGUUUUUCAGGUAGCAUCCAGUGCUUUGCUGCUGGGAUAGGCAUAGCUCCACCUAAGUCAGCGGGAUAUUCCUGUGUUUACAGUUAAAUUGUGUUUAAAUGCUUUGCUGCAUCAAGAUCAUUAAAAUGUGUUAUGGCCCGGAGGACUAAGAAAGAACAAAUGAGCUCAGAUCUACUAAGAACUUAGGCUCUGUACCAGGUUACUGUAUAAGCCCUCAGCACAGUUAGGAGUAGCUCCCCACAGGAUGGCGGCACUGUUUAAAAAAAAACAGUGCAGACUUAAAGGAAACUCCACGUGUGGGGAGCGGGUUGCAGGGCUGGACAUUCAGUGUCGGUGUAGAACUGCGAAUGCAGCAGCAUCGCAAGCAUCCCCAGCUCCUACACGGUGCUUCCUACUCAGGGACAUGCAAGAACUUAAACAAGGAGACAUAAAUUAUUGACCGGAAAAUGGCCCAGCGAAGCCCAAUCUUCCCAACUCUUGCCCAUUCUGAAAGACGGGUUCGAAACAUACCACUGCACAGCCAAGCGCUGACAGCGGUCCCGUUGGCGUCUGCAAGCCUAGUGGAUCAGCUAGAAGACAGGAUCCUAAGCCAUGAGAAAACAACGGCCGCCCUUGUGGAACACGCUUUUCGCAUUAAGGAGGACAUUGUUUCCACCUUGCACAGAAUGCAGAACAAGGGGGGGGGCGACCGCUUGGCUCGGCAACUCUUAGAAGAGCACAUCCGAAACAUAACUGCAAUAGUCAGGCAGCUUAAUCGGGACAUCGAGAUGCUGCAGGAACAGAUACGUGUCAGAGACAAUCUCAGCUAUGGAACAAACUCUACCCUAAAGAGUCUGGAAAUGCGGCAGCUUUCUGGUUUAGGAGAUCUUCGGGGAAGAGUUGCAAGGUGUGAUGCUGGGUUAGCCAGACUGUCUGCAGAGCACAAAAUUACGUAUGAAAGACUUCAGAGCCUAAGUAAAGAUCAACACACCUCUAAACUGAUCUUAGAAUCUAAAAUCAAAGAGGCAGAAAUACAGAUUUCUCAUCUUCUGAGCAGAGUAGAGCAAUCAAUAAUGCAACAGGAAGCAAAGCUGAAGAUCGCCUACAAAGAGAGCAACCAACAGCUCCACCUUCUGGACAUGAAAUUAAAAAAUGCUAUUGAGGAACUCAGCAGCCAGAUUUUGUCUGCACGUAGCUGGCUGGAACAGGAACACGAGCGGAUUGAAAAAGAUCUUCUGCAAAAAAUUGACCAGUUCUCAUUGACUGUUAAGGAAAACACCGAAAUGAGUGAAAGGGCUAUAGAGAUGAAAUUCAACCAAAUGUCAGAGAAAAUUGAUAAAAUAGAAGAAAUACAAAAGAUAACCAUGGAAGAACAUGAAGCGAAACAGACUGAAGAAAAGAUAAAUGUUCGUAUUGGCAAACUUCAAAAUGAGAUUAAUGAAGAUAUAAAAGAAAUGAAAGCUGAAGUAAAUGCUGGAUUUGCAGCUAUCUAUGAGAGCAUCGGGUCUCUACGGCAAGUUCUAGAAGCAAAAAUGAAACUUGACAAAGAUGAACUCCAGAAGCAGAUCCACCAGGUGAAACAGGAGCUUCCACCCUGGGCAGAGUCUAGACCAUGAUGGCAGAUUUUGCCUGAGAGCAGAUUGCUUACCUGUCUAAAGAGACAGGCUAUAACCUUGUUCCAGUCUGUAGUCCAAAUGAAAUGCAUGUACUAAAUGACAUGCUGCUCUUCCCCAGGUCUCUAUGUUGCUCUAAGUGGCAAAUGCAAGCUUUUAAUAGAUCAACUGACAAAACCCUUUACGGCCCUCAGGUGCUGAUUUGCCACUGCACUACUCCAGCUGAGUUCAGGAGAUUUACAACGGUGUAAAACUGGAGUAAUAUAUUGGUGAAGCUGGCACCUAAUUUGCUAAAGGCAUAUCAGUGGUCCCUAGUUUUGUAGGCUUGAUCAAGCAGUUAUAUGCUUAUAUAUAUAAGCAUCUGCACUCUCACUUUUUUUGUUUUAAGAACAAGUUGAUAUCCCUUGUUUAGUAUCACGUUGGCAAGGUUCUCUGCCUUGACACAGAUUACUGUCUUUGAAGUCAAUGGACAUUUUUACAGUGACUUUCUAUUGACUUCCUGGGAAGCAGAAUUGGCACUGAAUAGACCAAUUUUCAAAACCAAGAUACCAUUAGAAAACCUUUGUUUAGUUUUACAAAAAUCCUCUGUGUGUGGGUGUGGGUGGGUGGGGGGGUGUGCGUGCACACGCACACGUGUAUAUUUAAAUUAAAUAGUGUUAUAUAAUGCAGUUGUAGACUAAAAUGACUUAUGAGCAACAUAAUAAACUUAACUAACUUGUGUAUUUAAGUAUUGUGACCUUUCUAAACUAACAAGCAAGUGGAGAUGAGAUGGGGUAAAAGAUCUAUAUACAGUAUUGUAUAAUUAGGCAUGUGUUCCUGUGACUUGUUUCAUUAUAUCAGUAAAAACUUUGAACAUUUAAAGACAAAAGUAAAAGUGAUACUCUAAAAUAUUCUGGAGAACGUAAGGUAAAAUAAAAUGCCAUUUAUGAUCCACUUAGAAAUUUUUAUUGAUAAAGUAAAAAACUGACUCUUCAAAUUUUAAUAAUUUAUUAGAUUCAAAUUGGUAAUUUAAUUUACAGUAUUUCCAAAUAAUAAUGGUGCUUAUUUGCAUUCCCAUAAUAAAUUACAUACCUAUAGGGUGUAUUACUCUAGACUGGAAAAUAAAUAUUUUUAUUUUAUGUGUUCAUUCAUAGCUUAAUACUGCUCUUAAUGUUUUCAAGUCAUGCAGGAUUAAGCAUUCAUAAAGAAUAGAAGGCCUCAUCCAGUAUCCUAUUUUACAAUUACUAUUAACUAAUGAACAAAAAUAUUAUUAACUUACAUAGGCUUUACUGUUAACAUGUACAAGUUAAUAGGGUAUCUUUGCACUGUCUUUAAUCGACUUUUCUUUUGGUCAGUAUUGCUAAACAGUGGACAGUCCUAUUUGGACAGUCAGUGGCAAAUACUGUGGCACUUCCAUGAAACAGGGUUUGGCCUGUGGUGUUACCACAUUGCUCCAAAGACGGACUCAUUGACUUGACUAGGACAGCACAGCGUGUAAAAUCAAAAAAACCCAUAAGUCUUUGUAGGAUUAGUGCCAAAGUUGGUACUCACUUCCUACAUGGUUGAAAGUAUUUUAAUUUAUCAAAGAUACUGGAAAUAUUUGCAACUUCAGUUUCCAGUGCUCUCUGAUAACAAAACUGCCUCUCUCAUUCCUAUUUUGUAUCAUCUGACUAUGUGUAGUGAAAUAGUUUUACAAUGGCAGCUAAAGGAAAAGCCCAGUUCACUGAAGGGAGACAAUGAAAUGUUUGCAAAUAUUUCUUAAGAAAUGUCUGAAGAAUUCAUUCUUUCUUCAUGUCUGUAUUCUGCUCUAUUCUUAAGUAUUUAGCCAUGUGCAGUGGAGAAACUAUCACUGAUGUUUUGUAAAAAAAAAAAAUCUCAACAAACAAAAAGGCAGAACAAAAACUCAACAACUUUUUUCUUCUGUAAUUGGAAAUCUGUACUGGAGAGAAUCUUGUAUAUGAAGAAGCACACAGGGAAUCAGAGAAACAGUUUAUGUAUGAUUUUAAUAAAAAUGUUUCUCUUGUAAAGUCAUGUGUGAUUCAUCCAGGUAUAAAACAACACAGAAAAUAUUAACUAAUUUUACUUUUGCUGUUUUGAAAAUAUUUUUCCUAAAUCUGAGCACAAGGAAAUAAUUGAAGCCCAAAACAAAACAAUAUUGAAAUCUGAGCUACAGUUAAUCAGUGUCUUCAAAUCAAAAAGAAGUGAUGCUAUGUUGGGGAAGACACAGGUUAGAGAAAGAGAAUUGUAUGUCGGGAAAAAAAAAAAAGUCAGCUAGGCCUACGCGUA